AUGAAGUACAGCAACAGCGAACUGAGACGGUUGCUCAACCAUGUCAUCACAUCCAAGAAGGAUACUGAGCUAGCUAAAACCUUGAAAGAAAUAGAAUCCAACAGAGACUACAUAGAUAACGUCCAGUUGCCAAAACUGCUAAAAUUGCACGACCACUCGUUCAAAGCAAAAUGUGUGGAUCCAAUGUUUGACCUGUAUGAAAAGCAUUGUCCCAUACUUGAGCAUGAUGCAAAUAUACAGAAUAGAACCGCAUUAGUGGACCGAGAUUUGCGAGUGAUAGAGAUGACACUGGCGUUAAUCAAAAGUGGUAAAGAAACGAAGAAACAGCCAUAA